AUGGCUUAUUCUAGGAAAUAUCAUGGUUCAAGAACUCAUGUUCAAGUUUCCCCUCUUCUUGCUAGAGCAACUUUAUUAAUUACCCGAGAUAUAGAAUGGGCAGACGUUGUGUUUGGGUUUGAGCAGCCUGUAGGCUUCAUCCGCGAAGAGAGUGGUAUUCUUUUGAGACAGUUUCUUCGUCUGAGACGUUCCUUCAUUGCAUACAUAACUGAUGUAUUAGGCACUGAGCUAUUCAGGAUUCGUAGGCCCUUUUGGUGGAUUACGAGCUCAAUAUAUGCUGAGGUUAACGGAAAGGAGAUUGGUGUUGUACACCAACGAUGGCAUCCGUGGAGGAGAAUCUAUGAUCUAUAUUUGGGGAACAAGCAGUUUGCUGUGGUUGAAAAUCCUGGUUUUUGGAAUUGGACAUAUACAAUGAAAGAUGUUGAUGGUAAUGUGCUCGCUGAGAUAAAUCGUAAUUGGAGAGGUUAGUAGGUUACAGUUUGGAGGUUUGUUCUAUUUCUGAUGCUCACUCAAUCUCAAAUAAUUGGCUACAUUCUGUAUGUUUUGAUUUGUUCGUUUAAUGAUGGAUGUUAUUGCUCUAACUAGUGAGAGGAGUUACUUGUUUUCACUCCAAUGUAUUAGCUGCUCACAGAUGCUGGACAAUAUGUCAUUAGAUUUGAGAGUUCUGAUCCUGCAUUGAAAACCGGCCUUGCAGAAGAGGUUGAGGAUUUAGAAAUUGCACGUCCACUAACCCUUUCAGCGAGAGCAGUGGUGUUGGCUCUUGCUGUGUCACUGGAUAAUGACUUCUUCUCCCAAAAUGGUGGCAGCUGGAGCUGGCUCCUAUUUGAUGUCACAGAAGACUAGAAUACUGUGGCAUCUCAUUCUGGAUUUAUAAGCAUAUUCCAAGCAUGAAUUAGAGGAAUCUAUUUUCAUGGUCUCAGGUCCCUCAUAUACUUCGGGAACUGCCUACUUGAGGUCGAUACACUCAUACACCUAACUGUACUGAUGACAAUGUAUAUGGAAGCAAUGGGCUGGAAGUCUGGAAGAAUACAUUAUCUGCCUGCGUUGUUUAAAUAUGUUUAAUAUGUGUAACAUAUUAUUAAACAUAUUUCCUUUUUGUUUUCGUUUACUAUGCACUAAUAACUUUGUAGGUAAUGUAACUGAGAAAAGGUACUCAUUAACUUCUGCUGGAUUACCAUUCUUGGUAACUAACCAAGUUAAUUAUACCUUGUUCCAAUUACUUUGAGAA